AAAAAGUGAAAACAAGACUUGUUUGGUAAAAACCAAGUCCUCAAGGUCGUAAAUCACGUGCGUACGGUUUUGACCGUUUUUCUCGUGUUAGACCGAUUGACCAGGAUACAAAAGUGGUUUUUACAAAAUAAUUAUUCGGGAACCUUUAAAAUAUGCUCAGAGAUAAAAACAAGGUUUAAAAUAUUGAAAACCACGGAGUUCACUUGCAGGUAGCAGCAGCAGCUAGGUAUAGUAACAAAGCAUUGCAAAAAAGAAAAAGAAAACAUUGCUCAAUAAAGUAUAUUUCCUCCCAAAGGUAUAACAAAUGUAUCCCUUUAUAUACAAUGCUACCUCCCUUCCUUCUUCCAUGCAUUAUUUAUGUGAAGAGGAUGAAGAUUUGCUCCUCCAACAAAUCUCCAUUUAUGGCCUCCUCCAACAACAACAACAACAACACCACCACCACCACCAACAACAACACGCUUUCGGCGAGGAGGAGAACCUCCUCGGCGCCGUUGUAGCGGAAGCGGAGGUGGCAAACAACAACAACAACAACAACGACAACGACAACAACGAUGACGAUUUUGGGAUCGACGAGGGGAUGAAGAAAAAGAACAAGAAGUGUUGCGGCAAGAAAGACCGGCAUAGUAAGAUCCACACGGCGCAAGGACCUCGGGACCGGAGGAUGAGGCUCUCCCUCGACGUGGCCCGCAAAUUCUUCGACCUGCAGGACACGUUAGGGUUCGACAAGGCGAGCAAGACCGUCGAUUGGCUCCUCAACAAGUCGAGGUUCGCUAUCGACGAGCUCGCGAACAACAACGCCAAUGCAUCCUCCAACACCACUUCCGAGUGCGAGGGGAAUUCGGGCGUGGUCGAUCAGGAAUUCUUUGAUCCCUUCGUUGGGAUGGAGGGCGGCCAACCGCUGUCUGUUCCCAUCAAUGAUGGGAAAAGAACAGGGGACAAGAAGGGGAAAGGAGGCCGAACUAGGGUUUCGGCUGCCUUCAGUCCCCUCUCAAAUAAAGAAUCAAGAAACAAGGCGAGGGAGCGGGCGAGGGAGCGUACGAAGAUGAAGAACUUGUUAACAAGCGAAACGGUGGCAAUGCAACCGUGUUUCCCGGAGGCGACCGAGGCGGCUUCCGACCACUCCCUGCCGCCGGAGGAACACAACAACUGGAGCCUCUCUAGCAUCUUCCAGUACCACCAAAACCCACCUACAAGGCAUCACCAGCAGCAAUUUGCAGACCUAUCUUACUCGAGGAAUUAUUGGGAAGGCUACAGCAAUGGGAAUCUAUGAGGAAAAGCUUUGAAGAUGUGUGUAUUACUGAAUCUUAUAUUUGUUGUAUAAUGAAGAAGUAAUGACACU